UGAAUUGGUCACCUUUUUCUCUGUUCUACGCUUCAACAAAGAAAUAAACAACUGUACAACCAGCAGUGACUAUUGUGCAAAGCCCACGUUCGAGAACAAACGUGAUAAUCGUACCGCUGUUUGCGCACGGUAUUUUCCCGUCAAUUUGGUGUGUUUGAGAGUGCUGUGCGUGUUUUUAUUGCUGCUCCUACGCAGCAGUACGCAGUGAAACUAGUCACAACACCAUUGUGUGCCCCCCGUGAAUCUCCUGUGCUUCUUGCAAAACACUAGAAAGCAGGUGUUUUGUGAUAGCCGAUUCUAUAAUACUACGUCUAGAUUCUUAACGAGCAGGGUAUUCGGUGGAAUAAGUGCAAUAAUAAGCCCUUGAAUAACUACGCAAAAUGUCUUACGCGUAUCUGUUCAAGUAUAUCAUCAUAGGAGACACAGGUGUGGGCAAAUCCUGCCUACUGUUGCAGUUCACCGACAAACGAUUCCAACCCGUGCACGACUUGACGAUCGGUGUCGAGUUUGGGGCCCGCAUGAUCACCAUCGAUGGCAAGCAGAUCAAGCUACAGAUCUGGGACACGGCCGGUCAGGAGGCGUUCCGUUCGAUUACACGCUCGUACUACCGUGGCGCUGCCGGUGCACUGCUCGUCUACGACAUUACUCGCCGUGAAACGUUCAACCACCUUACCACCUGGCUGGAAGACGCCCGGCAACACUCGAACUCCAACAUGGUGAUCAUGCUGAUCGGCAACAAGAGUGAUUUGGAUUCGCGUCGAGAGGUAAAGAAAGAGGAAGGCGAAGCGUUCGCCCGUGAGCACGGCUUGGUGUUUAUGGAAACAUCCGCGCGUACGGCGGCAAAUGUCGAGGAGGCGUUCAUCAACACGGCCAAGGAAAUCUACGAAAAAAUCCAGGAAGGUGUCUUCGAUAUAAACAAUGAGGCCAACGGAAUCAAGAUUGGUCAGCAGCAUUCCCCGACGAGCCCGUCGCUGGGCAGUGGCAACAGCCCGGGCGGGCCGGCCAGCAGUGGAUGCUGCUAAGCGUCGUGCCGCCAGCCACCGACGAUCAUGAUGUGUAAUGCCGUACCCGACGAUGGCCCGACGACGGCGACGCUGGGCCGGAGCUGGGAUGAAAUCAAGUGAAACCUGGUGUGAUCGAGAACGGGAAAGAGGAAGGAUAUAUGGCAGGAGGGAAAAAGGGGCAAAGAUCGGUUUCUGCGGAACGUAACGAGUUAGUUAUGGUCGAGACCGGUCGACAAAAUAAUGCCUACACCAGAGGUACCGAAAAGACAGGACCCGGGGACGGUGAUUAGACAAUGCAAAUUUUACAGUUGGGGCUGCAUUUUCUGUACGGCUAAAACCGUCACUUUAAUGAAUCAGAGAAGUAAAGAAAAAAUACACACACACACUAACUUACCACA